CGGAGUACAACUGCAUGUGCUGUACCUCCGCCCUACGCUUGCAAGCCACACCAACACCAACAUCGAAGUACCGGAACUUGAUGCAUAUACAAAUUGAAUUGGGUAUCCGCCCAUGAGCGAGCCCUGGGCUGAAUCGCUUUGAAAAUGCAAUAAGAUUUGAAUCGAAUGCACAAAAAUACUGCCCGCCUAGACCGCCUAGCUCUCCCUAACUUGCCUACCCACAACGCCCGCGCCCGCCCUGCUUGGGCGGCUGCCACUGCUGUGUUGUAUGCGAGUACUCUUCGCAUCGAGUCCCGGUACUUCGAUGUUGGUGGCUUCCAAUUUUUGGUGUGGCUUGCAUGUGUUGGCGGGAGGUACUGUACAGUACAUGCAGUUGUAGGCCGUCGCAAUAAUAGAGGCCGUCGUAAUAAUAAAAUCCCAUUUUACUACCUAACAUUCCACCCUUGCCAGGGCAGGGCUCAACAUAGGUACUACGUACACAUUGCAACCCCAAGGGGGUCUUUUAGCAAUUACGGACACGGUGUGUAACCGCUUCAUUCAACGAACUUAUAUAGGUCGCUGGUUCAUAUGACAUUUCGCACCUAUCGCCGUCUUGAAGCGCCAAGCUUUCAGGU